GCUUAGACGUUCAGCUCCACUGCCCUGCUGGCUGCUGGGACCCAGGACUGUCCUAACCAGAGUGACCUCCUGUCCGCUGGGUCCAGCAGUAAUUGACCAAAGGCCAAACGGCAGCUCCCUAUAGGGGCUCGAGAGGCUGGAAACUCUCAGCCAGCAGGGCCACCAUGGUUCCCUGAGAGGGCAGAAGAAGGGGCCUUGGCAGACAGGCAGGCCUGCGUUGGGGUCCCUGAGGAUGGCUCGUAGAGGACCGCUGGGGGUCAGCAGGUUCAUCUCUGCUCAGUAACCUCCUGCCCGACCCUGCUGACCCCUGAGCUAGCUCUGGCUAGCACCAGCAUGACCUUGGCGAGCUAAGGGAAGGCCCGGCGACAGGGGUCAUCUCGGUCAGCCUGUCCCAGACAAGGCUGGUGGAGGGUCAUCAUCAGGCUAGCCACCGGCUGAGCAUGGCAGCCCUCCCCCCAUGGCCAGCUGCCACCUGGGGCAUGUUGGGACAGGCCAGGGCUGACCAUCACCCCAGGGAACUGAGCCCCAUGGGUGGUCCUUGAAACCACAGUCGGCCUCUGGUGCAGACAAGCUGGAGGAAGGUUGAGGGAGCGACUGGCCGGGCUGAGCAGAAAAUGCCCAGAGAUGGGAGGCAGAGCCCCGCCGGGGCGAACGCCAGGAACACAGCUCUCUUAGUGCACGUCACCAAAGCAGAGCCGCAUUUGAUUUUAGGAAUGUAGCAAUGUGUCAUUACAAAGUUGCCAUUUGGUGUGCUCGUGGAAACAGGAGAAGUGGGAGCUGAGGCUUUUCUGACUUGCAGGAGGGAGUCAGUCCCGUUUGGAGAAGGCGGCUUUCCCUUCGGACUCUUCUGCUUUCUUCCAGGGUGGAGAUGCGGUGCCCGGGAGGUGGGGGGGCACCCCAAGGGCGGGCAGGGUGGUGUCUGCAUGUCCGGGUUGGUGCCUGGGGCCUGGAUCCGUGAAGACCUCACCUGGCGCCAAGUCCUGCUGCCCCUCCAGUGCCUCUGCUGACCUGAGAUGGACAACUUCCAAUACAGCGUGCAGCUCAGUGACCAGGAAUGGGCCGAGUUCUCGGCCACCGCCGAUGAGUGUGGCCUCCUGCAGGCUGGCUUGGCCUCUGGGGAUGAGCUCUUGUCCAGUGACCUUGAUCAAGGGGACAGCAGCGGCAGCAGUCCUCCUGAGCCUGCGCCCUCCCUCACUGGGCAGCAGGCUCCACGGGGGAGGGGCGAGCAGGGCUUCACGGAGGGCGACCAGCGGGUCAGCAGUUCUCGGUGUGAACCUGUCCUGGCCCUGGGGGCUGGUCAGCAGACACCCAGCACGUCCGCACUCUCGGAAGCUUGGCUGUCCCUCUGCUCUGGUGCCACCCCUCCUGGCCAGUGCUCACCUCUCCUGGGGCCAGUGUCCUCUGGAGACGAGAUGCAGAGGCUUCUGCAGGGCUCUGCCUCUACACAACCUGGGGAGCCCCCUCGGAAUCCUGAGUCCCCUGGCUGCAGCACCACCCCCCAGAGGCCCGCUGAUGGCCCUGGAGCCUCUCCACGGAGCCCCAGCCGGAGGAAGAAGCGUGCUGUGGGUGCCAAGGGGGGAGGGUGCUCGGGAGCCCCAGGCCCUGCCCCUGCCCAGCCAGGUUCCCUGCUGCCUACCAUGGCCAGGCCUGAGGAAGGCCUUGGCCUGGCUGGGUCCAGGGGUAAGUGUCCUGUGGCUGGGACAGCAAAGCAGAUGGCAGGAACUGGGCCUGACAAGCUGGAGUCAGACCACGCAGGAGCUCCUAAGCCUGGCUGCAGUCUCCCAGAGCAGGUGUCUAUACCUGUCCCUAUAACUGAGCACGGUACAGACCAAAUGAGAAUGACCCCCAGUGCUGAGCUGCAUACGGCGUCCACACCUGUCCAGGAGGUUCAUCCAGGUGUCUCAAUGGCUAAGCCAGAUGUGGCUCUGUCUACACCUACUUCUGAGCCUCAACCCAACACAGCUUUGUCUACACCUGCCUCCAAGCCUCAACGCGACACGGCUGUGUCUACACCUGCCUCUGAGCCUCAAUCCCAAACGGCUCUGUCUACACUCGCCUCCAAACCCAGACUGGAUGUGGACCUACCUACAGCAGGCCCAGUGGUCAAGCCAGAGGUAGACCCGUCCACACCUGUCUCCAUGGCUGUGCCACCUACAGCUCUGCCCCACUCUAGAUCUAAGUCUGACAUGGCUGUGUCUAAACCUGCUCCCAGAACUAACACUACCCCCUCCGCCGUUCCCCAGGCUGGGCCUGAUGUGUUGGAGACGGAAUUUGUUGUGUCUCCAGGGAGGCACCAAGAGAAGCCCAGAGGGGAGCCCACAGCAGAGGCCCCUGGACCCCACUCAGGGGAGCCCCCCCCAGCCCCUGUCCAAGCCCCCAAGAAGAAGAAAGUGCGAUUCUCCGUGGCUGUGCCCACCAAGGAGCCUAGGUCGGGAGAGGCCUUGGACUCACCCCCACCAGCCACGGCCCGGCCCUCAGCCCCCAGGACAGCACCUGGGGGCCGCAGGGGGCCCGGAGCCUGGGAUGCUGUGGCAGCUGGGCCCCAGCCCCCACAGCCUCGGAUCCUGAAGCACUUGCCUCCCCCUGCCCCCUCAGCCUUGGUGGGGCCCGGGCCCAGGCGUUGCUUUGCGGUGACCCUCCCCGAGGCCUAUGAGUUCUUUUUCUGUGACACCAUCGAGGAGGAUGAUGAAGGUGCUGAGGCGGCAGCUGCAGACAGCCAGGCCCCGGCUGAGGCCCAGUGGCCGGACAUGUGCGAGUUCUUCUUCCGGGACUGCGGAGCCCAGAGGUCGAGGCACUGCGGGGGCUGCUCCCAGGCCCUGUCCUCAAGAGCCGAGCCCAUGCCAGCCCCCAGCCCUGGAGACCCUGUGCUGAUCUCCAUCCCCGAGGCCUACGAACACUUCUUUGGGGAAGACAGGUUUGAGGAUGCGCUGGGGCCGGCUGUCCUCCUCCCACCGCAGACCUCAGAGGCCCCCAGGUCGGUCUCUUGGGAGCAGGGGUCUGGGAUCCCAUCCACGCCUGGCCCAGCCACAGCGGAGCAGCUCAGCCUGGCGAUCAGGCAGGCAGAGGAGCUCCGGGGUCCCCUCCCCUCAUUGACCUUCAGUCAGAAGGACAUGUGCCUGGUGUUUGUCGCCUUUGCCACCUGGGCUGUGAAGACGUCAGAUCUGCAUGCCCCAGACGCCUGGAAAACAGUUUUGCUGGCCAACAUCGGUACCAUCUCUGCUAUCCGUUACUUCCGCCGGCAGGCAAGGCGAGGGCACCGCAGCCGCAGCCGCAGCCCCAGCCCCAGCCCCAGCCCCAGCCCCAGCCCCAGCCCCAGCGCCUAGGAGCCGACCCAGCCCGGGAGGUGACCACAGGUGCCCAGGAUGAGGUUCGGCUCUUAUCCUUGACUGCUGACCCCGUCUCUACAGCAUCUGGGAGGAAGCCGCGUCCCUGGUGCUGGCUCCCUUGGACUCCAUGUGAAGGUCCAGCUAGUGGCCAGGGCCAAGGCUGCUCCCCACCCCCGGAGGAGGAAAUUCUGGAAGUGUGGGCAGGUAAAGACCCAGCGGGGAGCUAGACAGUAGGGCGGCCAGGUCGACAAAUAAAAGCACAGGCAUCCAGUUAAGUUUGCAUCUCAGAAAUGCGACACUUAGGAUGUACCUAUACUAAGAAAUUGUUGCUUAUUUGAAAUCAAAUUUAACUGGGCACCUGGUAUUUUACCUGGUGUGUAGCUGGGGGUGAGUGGAAAGAUAAGACACUGGAACUUAGAGGGUGUCAGAGCAGCAGUGGGAGGGGGUCCAGGGAGGGGCAGGGGCCAGGAUGCUGGGAGGCCUCGGAGCUGGGUGGGGUGACACUGCUUGCUCACACUGGCUGGGCUCGCAACAGCCUCCAAGGCCUCUCUGACCCCUCAGCCCCAAGGGACUGUGGCUGAGGCCCCUUGGGCUCCAUCCUGAGCAAUGAGCAGGUGCCUAGAUGGGCCCCAGCAGUCCCUGCAGAGUGGGGGUCUGUAGGCGGAGCCUCGAGCCCCUUCUCUGGGUUCCCUGGAUAAGAGUGCCACAGCAGAGCUCGGGAGCGUUGGGUGGAGGGACCGGGCUGAGAGGAGUCAGAGACAGGUCAGGAAGGUUGGGUGCCCUGCCUAAGCCGCAAGCACAAGGUCCCCAGGAUGGGGAGACUCCUGGCUGCUGAAUGGAGGACACGUGGACACAAAGCACCAAUAAAGUCUCCUUCUCUUUCUUUCUU